CAUACCAACAGGCAUAUAAAAUAUCCUCGUUCAGCGUUUCAUUUUACCAGCUUUAGUCAGGACUUUUGCUUUUUUUGGCCGCUACCCGUCUCCGUAGGAGCAAUAGAGUCACCAUCCGGCGCAUGUGCACUGUAUACUUUAAGCUAACUUUAACUUACUGUCCACGCGUGUUUAGAGUCUCACUUUGGGAAAAGUGGGGUUUGAGCCCAGGGAUUUUAGAAAUAUACGACGCGUUUUUCUUCAGAAUGGGUGGUCAAGCUAAGGGUAAAAAGAAAAAUAAACCGAAGAGGAAAGAUAACCGUCCAAACAGGGAUGGAGGAUUUGUUGGUUUAUCACCUCAAGAAAGGAUGAAGGUAAGAAUGCAAGAAAAAGCCAAGAAGAAGACAGCGGAGAAGUACUCAGUACAGCAACUCCUACAGAAGACUGAAGAAUGCAUGGACAGUUUUGAUUUUGAAAUGGCCAGCCUUUUCUGUCAAAGAGCCCUGGAUGUGGAGCCCACCAACCUGCAAGUUCUGGACAUGCUGGGGCACAUUUCCUCUGAAUUAGGAGACACACAGAAAGCUAAAGAAGUAUUCUUGCGUGCUGUGGAGCUUAGCCCAGAUAUUGGCCACAGUAAGUACAUGUACCUGGGACAAAUCCACACAGGCCGGGAGGCUGUGGACUACUAUACCAAAGGCAUACAAGUCCUACUGAAUACAUUGGAGAAACAAGGAACAACAACAGCUCUGGCUGGAGCUGCUGCCCCACCAGAUGAAGACCCUGAACUCCCCACAGAGAAGGAUGUUAGUGUAGCCUACUGCUCCAUCGCUGAGAUUUACUUAACAGACCUCUGCAUGGAGGAGGGGGCUGCCGACAAGUGCAGAGAGUUCAUAGAGAAAGCAUUACAGUAUCACCAUGACAACCCAGAGGCUCUACAGCUUAUGGCCAGUUACCUGUUCAGUACAGAGAGAAACCAGGAAGGCAAAGAUUACCUGUUGAAGAGUGUUGGAAUGUGGCUACCUGCGCUAAAACAGAGAGCAGCUUCGUCCAGCGCAGGGGAAAACAUUCAGAAUGAGAUCCCUCCGUAUGAGUCUCGCAUCACCACAGCCAAACUGCUCAUUGAGUCAGAGGAGUACGAGAUGGCAGUAGAUGUGUUGGAGAGUCUACUAGAAGAGGAUGACGAAGUUGUCCAGGUGUGGUAUCUCUCUGGCUGGGUGUGCUACCUCCAGUUGGAAAAGGCAAAGGAGCAGCAGGAAAGGGAAGGAAGAGAAGCAACAGAAGAGGAAAAGGAGGAGGGGACGGCAUUGAAGGAAGCUGCCAGAUCAUACUUGACUAAUGCUAAGAAGCUCUACAAUAAGCUGCGAUGUGACGACCAGCCGAUGUUGGAGCAUGUGGAGCAGCUUCUGGGCGAGCUGGGAGGAGAGGUGGAGGGAGAGGAUGCAGAUCCAGCCUUGGAUGAAGAUUUUGAACCCUGUAGUGAUGAUGAUGAGGAGGAUGCAGAAGCACCCAUGGAACACUGACCGCACCUCCCUGCUUGGAUUUUGUGAUUUCACUUUUCUCCCAUCAUGUCUCUCUGUAGUUCUCAUGAAAUCUCAAAGGGUGCCUUUUUUUUAAUGGUUUUCCUCUCCCACCUGCUUAUCAACAAUUAAAUCUGAAAUCCACUGAUAUGCACAAAAGAGUGGCAUUAAAAGCAGCAGUCUCCUCAAUCUCUUUCAGCCAGUUGUUUAAUGCUUUCACUGAAAUAAGUCCGUACUUGAGUAAUGCUUCCCUUAAUCUCCUUGACAGAAGUUGAUGAAAGAAAUGAGUUUUAAAGCUUUACACCUCAGCAGCAGCAGAAGCUGAGCACCUUUGAAGGCUUUUUUUUACCUCUUAUACGCACCCACGCUCGGUUUCGACAAGCAAACAUACACGACACAUACAAACAACAACACAAAGGGAGCAUGUUAAUUACUUCAGCUCUUCCUCAGUACAACAGCAGGAGCGUUCCCCUCUGAGAGACUGCAGAGUGAGCCAUCUCAUGUAAGAGUUACUCGAAAUGCUAUCUUUACAUGCAGCUCUGUUAUGUUAAGUUUAUGUGCAUUUCAUUUCAUUCUCCUGCUUUAGAGCUCAUUUAAUUCAACAAGACAUAAAAGAGAGUUUGACUACCUGAUGCAGAAAGCGAUUCUCUGAGCUUGACUGUUGAAAGUGACUUGAGCCCUUUCAGAAAGGAGAAACAAGCUUUUAAAUGCUCAGGCAGGGUUAUGUUUUGUCGUACCUCAAUAACGGACAGAAGCUUUUCACUUUCUUUAGAGCCGAGUGCAGCAAGGUGAAGAGAGUGCUUUGAUAUCUGAGUGGGUGACUGUGUGUGCGUGCGUGCAUGUGUGUGGCAAGAUAAUUAUGUCGCUUGAACAGUUUUAUCAACAGCAGAAAAACCCGAAGUGUGAGACAUUCACAACAUGGCAAUUAACUAGAUGAUGACAUGUUUGAAAGCUAAUGUAUGAAAAAUUUGGAUAGUUUUUCCACAUUGCAACCCCGUAAUAUCCUUUUGUUGUCUUUCAAACAUGCAGGCAGUCAAUCGGCGUCUCUUAGCUGCCUCAGUUUUAAGCAUCUGUUUGAUUUGAUUUUUUAGCAUAGAGAAUGCAUGUCUCUAUGUAGGUGUAUGAGCUGUGACUUUUGCGCUUUGAUAUAUUUUUGGUGCGUGUCGAGUUUUUCUCCCCAGAUGCCUUUAGCAGGAGGGACUGCUCCAUGCGACAUACAUUCACUAACGCACAACCUCCACAGAGUAUUUCUCCAUGCACCAUGCCUGUUAACAAACACGACACACCACAGGCUUUCGCUGCUGCACGGCCCCUUUGAAGAAUUUCAUAACCGGUAAAUGGGAACGUUAUCUGAGAUCCUGAUCCCGAUAGUGACCCGACUGCAAGCUGAGAGGUCUGUUUGGGAAUGCGGGGGUUCAGAUAGUGUGAGUUGAUAGUGCGCGUUAGUGUUUAAGGAGCAUAAAAUACAGCUCAGGAGAAAAGUUACAGAUAUAAUGCUGUGUGUGUAUUUGUAUAUGCAGCAGAUUAUCGUAGCUUAAUGUGAUCUGAUGUGUUGUUAUUUGUGGACUGGGCUUUGCUCAGAAAUAUUCAAUGUCUGUGAUGUUUGGUACAUGGUAAUGUACCAGUGCAGGCCUUGAGGAAUGACUACCUGGAGCGAUGCUGUCAUCUAGCAUUUGCCUUUUAUAAUUAAAACAAGCUCCACUGUGUGUGUUUUUUCUGUGCGUGUGUGUGUGUGUGUGUCCGUCCAUGCGGCUCAUUUGUGGUGCGGUGUGAUUAAUGACUCCAGGGGCGAGUGAGCACUGGCGGUCAGCCCUUUCUGGUUAUUCUGAGCUGACCUAGUGUGAGUGGGCCAUAGUCGACACAAAGCCUUAGGUGAUCUCAAAAUCCUUGGCCAUUCUCUCACCUGUGCAUCAGCUUCAGCACCGCAGGAAUACUUUCUCUCGCUGAGAGAGGGGUGUGCAGAUUCUACACAAGGACACACAUUCAAUCACCGGUAAAGGACACUCACUGUUUGCUUGCUUUCUUUCCAGCUCUGGCUCGAAAUGACUCUCUGAAAGGCCAGAAUGGGUCUCUGAGCGUGCCAAAAAUACAGUAAUAAUCAUACUUCUAUUAAUAUAUUGCCAUGCCUUUUUAUCUAUAAAGUGUGAUCGCUUCAUGCGUUAGUGAUAAAUAUGAUCUAGAAAAUACGUCAAAAAACAUAUUGUGUACAUAGGUAAUGUCUGAGGUGCAGUAAGUGGGGUUUUUUUACCUGUGUGCAAAAAUGUCUUUGAACACACGGUGUAAAGGUCUCCAAUCUCCAGGGAAACCAGUCCAUAAUUAGGGUGUGUGUCUGUGUAUGUGGGUUAUUUUCUUUUUCUUUUUUUUAUUUAAUAAUCGACGGUAAUGAGAUGAGCGGAGGGGAGAAUAAUCCUGGAUUAACAGCUUAAAAAUGCAUGUGUUGUCAUAACAACCUCCUGAUUGGGACUUAAUCAUUGAAAUACAGUCACACAAACACUCAUUCUCUCUCUCACACACGCACACACACAAACUCCCCAACCCAGGAACCACCAGUUGUCCGUGCAUCAGAUAGCUAGAUGCUCCUAGCUGUGUGCGUGUGCUGUUUAUCCUGUGCUGGUGAAUGUGUCGUUGACUUAAUUAGAGAGUUAAGCAGGGUGCUCCUCUGAAGGGAUUAAGGGGGAAAUUAUCAGAAUCUGGAGACUUAAUGCUGAAACCAGUUAAACGGAAGCAGGAGGAGGGGGAUCAAAGCUCAGAGGAGAAAAGAGUUUGAGAGGCAGUUCGACUGUUUAUACGCACAUUCACAUGUUCAUUUAUGUAAACUGUCCCCUUGAAGUCACGCUUAAGCACUCAUAUUUGGUUUAGGGUAUACAAGCAAUUUGUUCACCCUUUCAAAGCUGCUGUUUUGGGUCUUUUUGAGUCUUGGGCACUGGGGAUGCUGGAGAGGCUCAUGGAUAUUCUGGGAUGCUAAGCAAGAGCCUAGGAGACAGAAAAUCAGACAAGCAGGACAAAGACGAUCGGACAAAAUCGACUCGACUGACUUUAGGAUUGACAGGAACUGUGCAUCCCUCAUCCCCAUCAUGUUCUUAAUGCUGUGGCUGUGCAUCCAAAUUGUGAAUUAACAACAUAAUGCAAGUGAUGGUUAUCUAACCAAAGGGUUUUCCUGACAGCCUCUGUGAGAAGCCAUGAAUAAAGUGACCUUUAUCCUCUGCUGUGAAA